CAUUGUCAGUUUGGUUUCAACCGUCGUGUACACUAGACAUAAAAUAAAACAAAUGAAAUAAUUCAUAUAAAAGUUCUGUGUUAUCGAAAUAAUUAAGGAUUAAUAAUAUUAAGUCGGUGCAAUGUCUGUUGUUUACGGUGAUGAUAAGAUACCAUACAUAGAUUUAGGAAGUGAUUAUAAAAUUCGUCUGGAAUAUGAGGACAUUGUUGAUGAAAAAUACUUGACGAAGGCCAAAGAGGAAUUAAGAGAAACACCGGAGAAUAAGGCACAAGGAAUAAAGGAAUUAAGGGAAUUAGUGCAAAAUGAGAAAAACUUUGUACAUCCAAUGGAAGAUUCAUUCCUUGAAACAUAUUUAAGACCAUGCAAAUACUAUGCAGCAAGUGCUCAUCAAAAAAUGCAAAAAUUCUUCAAGUUUAAGGAGAAGCACAAGAAGAUCUGUGAAAAUAUAACAGUUGACUCAAUUCGGAAUGUUCUUGAAGAUGAUUUGCUGAAAUAUUUGCCUUUGCGUGACAAGGAAGGAAGAAGAAUCCUUUACAUUCAUUCCGGAAAAAAUUGGAAUCCACAACGAGCUAGCACACAUGACUUGUUUCGUGCAAUGCAAUUAAGUCUUCAAGCGGCAAUGGCUGAACCAAUGACUCAGGUCAACGGCGUUUGUGCAAUCGUAGAUGUUGAGGGAUUAUCAAUUGGUCAAAUCAUGCACUUUACACCAUCGUAUGCAGCCAUGAUUUUAGAAUGGACCCAAGAAUGUAUACCUAUUAGACUGAAGCAAAUUUAUAUUGUGAACAAUUCGUAUAUUUUCAACAUGCUUUUCGCAAUUUUCAAGCCAUUCAUUUCGGCAAAGUUGAGAAAGAGGAUUCACUUCAUUAACAAGAAAUAUGAUGUUUUAACUGACCAACUUGGCAAAUUCUGCUUAAGUGAGCAUCUUGGAGGAGAUUUACCUGUUGAUUAUGUUGAUGGAAAGGUUUUAGCUGAUUUAUUGAAGCUAUUUGACACGCAAUUUGAAUUGAUUGGCAUUUCUGGUUACGUGAGUGAUGAGGAAUAUGAAGAAAGGAAACAAAAAGUAGAAGAAGGGGCCAAAGAAGUACUAAACUACAUCUCACCCAAAUGAAAAUCUGACUUUUUGAAGCAUUUCGAAACUUAUUUCAAUUGGAUGAGAACUUGAAUUAAUUAAUAAAUUUUUUUAUAUGAAACGCAAUUAAUAUCGUUUAAUAAAUAUGUGCAAUUUAUUAUAAUAA